GAGAUGUGGUGUCUCAAGAUGCUACAGCAAGCAGAGAUGCUAUCUAUGCCAAGUCUCAAGAAGUAAUUAUAAAAGGGAUAGCAUGUCUUGAGGUGAUUGAUAUCAUCAUCAAUGGUUGUAGUCUAUAUUCUUACUCUUAUAUGACCUAGUUACCUGGUCUCUUUUAUUGUCCGACUGUGAGAAUGGCUUCCCAUUCGGCACCGCGAUCAGAAUCGCAACUAGUUGCAGUCUCUCAUAGCCCAAUUAUAGACCCGGCACCAGAUGCGUUGUCUCGACUAAAGAACUCUCCCACCGAAUCUUCAACUUCCGAGACUACAUUAACCAACGCGUCUCGCGUUACUUCGCCCGUUGAAUUCGAGCUAAAUAGUAACAGCUCAACCGUCUAUGGAGAUGCCAACACAGAAUCGAAGGUACAUGAAGUGCCCCCCUCAAAAGUCACAAUUCGCCAAGCUCUUGGCAUAUAUUCCACUAUUAUCCUUGCGGGAGGAACUAUAGUCAUCCUUGGUACACUAUCGUUCCUCAUCUUCUUGUGGUUUGGCAAAGGGCCGGAUGCUGGGGGUGAGAACGCCACGCCAGCUUGGAGGAUGAUUAUGCUUCGUGACUGGCUCCCCCAGGUUAUCACCUUGGCGUCUGUUGCCAUUCGUGUGGCCAUUGCCGCUCAGAUUGCAGUCUGCACCUCCAUGUGCGCAGCUCUCAUUCUGGAGAGGCGCAGGGUCCGCAAGUCCCAAGCUGCGCGAUUCUCUGUUGCUCGAUGCGUAAACGAUGGCCCUUGGAGCCUCAUCUUAGCAUUCUUAACAGACGUUCCCACUCAAACAUUCUUUCACCCUGAGUCGGUACUCGUUGUGUUUUUGGGUCUCGCAACACUUGCAACACAAUUUACGUCCACCAUUCUGCUUUCGGAUUUGGGCGAUACAAGCUUGGCACUAUUCCCCUCAACCAUGAGACUUAACCUCACGGCCGAGAACAACUCAUACUCAUUGGGCCAACCAUACUGGGGUCAGCGGCCUCGUUCCUUUGCUUCAUUCGGAGAAUCUCCACCCGGCUACUCCUCGCAACCAAACCAGCGGGGCCUUAGCGAUACGGGGCUCAAGCGCCGAGCAUUCUUACCUUUCAGUGAUGAAGGUAAUAGGACUUCGCUGCGUGGUUAUGAAGGGCAGGCAUUUGUCCUGAAUUCAAGGGUCGCGUGUAUGCCCCCUCUAUUCUCUGAUAGCCAAUUCAAAACGAUGAAUUAUAGCGAUCGGUUCUAUUACGGCGCUAUAGAGGGGAAUUUGCAAUAUAACGAGACCUUUGCCAAGGCCGGGAUUCAUUCUUCGAGGCUUUGCAAUUCUGAACGCUGCCUACCCUCGUCUUUUGGGUGCCAUAUUUUCACUUUAGGUGAAGAUUGGGGAGUCACAAAACCCGAGAUUACUUUUUGCUUUCCGGAGCUCAUUGAUGUUACAUCUGGUUCACCAUCAUACUGGGGCUUGGACGAUGACCCCUGGGGACCAGAAGCUUCCACAAUUCUAGUCAUUAGCAGCGAUCUCAAGGAAGAAUAUUGGAGUGAGAAUUUAGGGAAGACUAUCCCGACUCCUAACUACACGGUGAAUGAGGAAUGGGCAAACUUUGAGCUGCAACCUGGCUAUUCCGUGAAUAUCAGUCUAUGCUUCAUGGGGCUUAAUGUCAUGCAAUCUGAUGUUAGUCUUGUGUCAAAGUCAGCCAAGACAGCAAACACAGCGGAGAGAAAUGCGAACACGGUUGGUGAAGUGAUCGAUACAACGGAUAUCCAGGUAUUACUUGGGGCUGAUCCCAAGAUUCAGAGUCUCGCUGAAAGAGAGGUGUUCGAGAUUGAUCGCAUAGAGGACAGCCCAGAGCAUGUUUUCCUCACUAAUAAGAACGAUUCCCUUCCGGGUUACCAACAGGACACCUCGGCCUUGGAAUCCUACCUAAUCAGUACCGCCCAAGCGUUGACACCUAAUUCGACAAUUGCUGUCUGUGAUCCUUGCACGGGUUACUCGACGCAGUCGGCGAACACCUUAUAUGGUAGCAUAUUCUCAGGGAUUAUAGAGCGGACCAAUCGAGCAGCUGUGGCAUUGCAGAGUGUCUACACAGUCCUGGCUCAGACCGUGUAUUACGAUGUCCUCGAAGUAUACGACGAGUCCUAUGAAGCACACGUCACGUUAUCCAGAACAGCAAAAGUACCCAAACAGGCUUCUGGACUCAUCGCCGUUAUCGUCUUAACAAUCUCAUCUCUUAUCGCCAUAGGAAUUAUGACAGCACUCUUCUGCAGACACGCGCAUUACACUCUCCUUGGAGAAACCUGGCAUACGCUGUCCCAGGUGGUUAGUCCUGACACGGAAGCCCUUAUCCACGGAGAAGGAAUCAUACCCGAUGGCAAUGUUGAGAAGAAUUUGAAGGGCGAAGAUCAUUACGUGAAACUUCAACGAUCUCCUGGCACUGGGAGAGUGGAAGUUACGCUGUUUGAUAUGAAAGAUUAACGCACUAACAUCGCGGUCUAUAAUCUCGCUCUCGAUUACUAAAAGAACCAUGACUGUAACUUUGUUCUGGACAUACUACUGUUGUUCAGCUUGGGGAUAGGUAGUUGAUUGGUGUUAAGAGGGUUGUCAUGCUCACAGGUUUUGAGAUGUUUGGAACCUAAGAAAGUUUAUAGAGUACUGCUCAUACGCAAGACUAUUAUAGAAGUGGUUAGGAAAAAGUGCUCGUUGGUCAGUCUUGAAACUAUUUUGCUACUUGAAACCCCUGGCUCAGCAAGAUGACCGAAAGAUAUUCUCGGCUAUAAUCCCUUGUGUGUAUAAACCGCUAGCGCAGAACUGACAACUACUAUCUUUAUGGUUUAUGCUGAAAUGGAAGGUAUAUGAGGGUUACAUUCAACUGAACUACUUGACUUGAGUGAGGUGGGAAGACCGUCUUAUAUACAUGAACAGUGCCUUCGUGACCCUU